AUGCAAAUUCGGGGACUGUCGGAUGCUCACCCCUCUCUGUUAAUGCAGGCAUUCAUGAUAGGCCUACGGCCUUCCAGGUUCUUUUGGUCUCUUGUGGAGCGACCCCCCACCGCGGUACCUGAGAUGCUUCAGCGAGCGAGCCAGUUCGUCGCCGCCAAAACAUGGAUGGCCGGGAGGCAUGAAGAGCACAAGAGGGUCAAGUUGGAGCCGCCCCGGCAGCACCAAUCCGCCACGUCCCAGCGUCGAUUGGACAAAUCUGACCCAACGACAUCAAGGCCCCCUCUCCCCGCCUUGAGCUCGUCCCGAACAGAAAUAUUUCUCCACAUAAGGGAGAAGGGACUACUCAAAGACCCCCACCCAAUGAGGAGCCCGCAAAAACUUGCAGACCGUUCAAAAUAUUGCCGCUUCCAUCGACAGCAUGGGCAUGACACUGAACAGUGUCGUGAGUUGAAAAGGCAGAUCGAGGAGCUCAUUCGUAGAGGGCAUCUCGGCCAGUACCUUCGGUCGGACAAGGAACGAUCGCCAUGCCCGGAAGGUCCCAUCGAGCAACACAUCGACGUGAUAGCUGCCUCGGCUGAAGCUCCCAAUCAUGGGCCCGAGCCCAAGGUCACUUUCCCAGCCGGAGCAUUCGAACAACCCGAGCACGACGAUGCUCUCGUGAUAUCAGCCAGGGUUGCCAAUGCGCAAGUAAGAAGGAUCAUGGUUGAUACUGGGAGCUCGGCCGACAUACUUUACUUCGAUGCCUUCCGGAAGCUCGGCUUGGCUAGGGAGAAUAUGAAGCUGAUGUGCUCGGCGCUCACUGGAUUCACCGGAGAUUCAAUCUCACCGCUGGGGGCUAUCACUCUGCCCUUAACCUUAGGGGCCCCGCCAAGGUUGAAGACGGUAAUGACCACUUUCCUGGUGGUCGACCUCCCCACCACGUACAACGCUAUCCUCGGUCGCCCGACCCUCAACAAAGUCAGAGCCAUCAUCUCAACUUACUACCAAACUGUAAAGUUCCCGACUCACGCCGGGGUCGGGGAAGUCACGGGAAGCCCCUGA